AUGGCGACUAGCAAGACGUCGUCGUCGCCUCCAAAGCGUUCGUGGCUCCAACGCUUCAGGGACUUUGACAUUGCAAAGCUCUUUUCCCCCGCCCCGCCACCCCAGGUCCCUCGAACGGUCUAUGUCAAUCAUCCUCUUCCAGACGACUUUUAUGUCCACAAACGCGGCAAGCGAAAGGUCCGAAAGGACGCCCGAUAUGCGACGAACCAGGUCGUCACAUCCAAAUAUACGGUGCUUACCUUUCUCCCCCGAAAUCUCCUCGAGCAGUUUAGACGAAUAGCCAACAUCUUCUUCGCGUUUAUCUGUAUCCUCCAGUUCUUCCCUCGCUUCUCCACCAUUUCGCCUGGCCUCGUCGUUCUCCCUCUUAUCAUUGUUCUACUCAUCACUGCUGUCAAGGAUGGCUACGAGGACGUCAAACGCCACCAGUCGGAUCGCAAAGUAAACCACACCAGAGUCCUCGUGCUCGAAGGCGAGAACUAUCACAACCAUAAUGCAAUGGGAUCCAAGAGCAAGACGUUUACACGCGGCAUGCGGAUCCCCUACAAGCGGAAAAAGGCCCAGGAUAAAGACUCGAAUAAUACGCUCGUGGAGAAGCCUUCGACAAUCGAGGAUGAAGAUAAUCUGGUCGAUAUCGACACGCCCAAACCUCACUGGAGAUCCACGGCCUGGGAGGAUGUCCGAGUCGGAGAUUUUGUAAAGAUCAGGGCCGACGAGCCCUUCCCAGGAGACAUCAUCAUCUGCGCAACGUCGGAUCCAGAAGACGUGGCAUUCGUGGAGACGAAAAACCUCGAUGGCGAGACGAAUCUCAAGAGCAGACGCAAUGUUUCCACUCUGAGCCAUUUGCGGAGCGCGACGGCGUGUGCUACGGCAGGAGGCUUCCGAAUUGACGCCGACAAACCAGAAUCAAACAUGUACCGCCUAAACGCCAAGAUUACCGCCAUUGACGAAAAGGGUCAGGACGUGGGGAAGCCAGAGCCAAUCGAUUUGAACACUGUUCUCUUGCGUGGUACCGUGUUGCGAAAUACGGAUUGGGCUAUUGGUAUCGUGCUGUUCACGGGUGGAGAUACCAAGAUUGUGCUCAACUCUGGCGGAACACCGUCCAAGCGAAGCAAAGUGGAGAGGCAAAUGAACCCCAUGGUAUUCAUAAAUCUGGCUCUUCUCGCUAUUGUGGGUGUGGUCUGUGCCAUUGUCGAUUCGGCACUCCAACGGCACUAUCUGAGGAGGAGUGCUUACUGGGUGUUUGGCGAACCUUUGCCUGACGAUAAUCCGUCUUUCAACGGCUUUACGACAUUCUUCAACGCGCUCAUCACCUUUCAAAACGUCGUCCCCAUCUCACUCUACAUUUCCAUCGAGUUUGUCCGAACUUGUCAAGCUGCUUUCAUCUACUUCGAUUCGGAAAUGUACUACGAGCCGGCGGAUCAAAAGGCCCUCUCCCGAAGUUGGAACUUGAGUGACGAUCUCGGACAAGUCAAGUUUGUGGUCAGCGACAAGACGGGCACACUUACUCAGAACUCGAUGGUGUUCCGCAAGUGCUCGAUUGGCGGCAAGAUUUACGAAGGCGACGAAGAUGAAGAUUACACCGAGACACAACUCAGAGAACGACCUGCGGACGCAACCGAACGGGUUUCGUCUGCUGUCGGAGAAGGUGAUGCGAUCCCGUUGGCCGUCCUGUCAUCCACCGGUCACGGAUCUUCGACAAACGUCAACUCGACCAUCACACCGCCGCUCAACCCCAAGGUCCCACAUUUCCGCGAUACGCAACUGUUCGAGGACAUUCAACGCUCUGCGAGUGGCGAGCCGUCUGCGCAUGCGCGUGCACUCAAUGCAUUCAUGACCACAUUGGCGUUGUGUCAUACGGCUAUUGCCAGUGUGAGCGACGAAGAUGGAUCUAUUUCGUACAAGGCGCAGUCGCCCGACGAGUCGGCACUCGUGCAGGCUGCGGCGGAUGCCGGAUUCAUCUUCCUCGGAAAGGACAAGGAUACAUUGAGGCUCAAGACGCCAUUCCUCGAGGGAGAUGCCGUGGAAGAGUAUGAGCUUUUGCACGUCCUCGAUUUUACGAGUGCACGAAAGCGGAUGAGCGUCAUUUUGCGCCGGACGGAUACUGAGGGUGGGGAAAAUGCCAAGCGCGUCUUUUUGUUGUGCAAGGGUGCCGAUUCGGUCAUUAUUGAGCGGCUCAAGGCGGGACAGAAUGAAUUUACAAAGACAACGGAGGAGCAUUUGGAGUACUUUGCCAGCUCGGGUCUUCGUACGCUGUGCUUGGCGUACAAGGUCAUUCCCGAUGCCGAGUACGAAGAAUGGAGCCAUCGUUAUCACGAAGCUACCGUUGCCCUCGAUGAUCGAGAAGACUUGAUCGAGCAAGUAUCUGAUGAGAUGGAACGCGGUCUGCGUCUCUUGGGUGCGACUGCCAUUGAGGAUAAACUGCAAGAUGGCGUGCCAGAGACGAUUGCCGACCUCAAGCGUGCGGGUAUCAAGAUUUGGGUAGCGACGGGAGACAAGCUCGAGACUGCCAUCUCCAUCGGAUACAGUACCAACCUCAUCGCCCCCGACUCGAAUCUUAUUGUUGUACGGGGCGGCGAGUUCGGUCAGGCCCAUGCCGCGUACGAUCAGAUGGUUCAGGCUGUCGAACGCUUCUUCCCGACCGAGGGUAUCCUGGAUCUCGAAGAGGUCCACCCACCAGAGAUUCACACUACGGAAAAGCCACCACACUCCCCGAAACCUGGCAAUAUCCGCCGUGCAGCGACAGGCUUGUCAGAGAUUCUCGACGAUGACAAUGGAAGAAAGCCUGGCGGCUAUAUCCUUGUCAUUGACGGUGUCGCUCUCGGCCACGCAAUGGAGGAAUCGUUUAGCAAAGAGCUUCUCUUGCAGAUUGGUCUUCGAUGCGAGGCGGUCAUUUGCUGUCGUGUCUCGCCGUUGCAAAAGGCUCAACUCGUUCAUCUCAUCAAGGACAAUUUGCAAGUGCUGACGUUGGCGAUUGGAGACGGUGCCAACGAUGUCAGUAUGAUACAGGCGGCGGAUGUUGGCGUUGGUAUUUCGGGUGAAGAAGGUCUUCAAGCUGUCAACUCUUCUGAUUACGCCAUUGCUCAGUUUAAAUAUCUCAAGCGACUGCUUCUUGUACAUGGACAUUGGUCAUACGCUCGCAACUCAAACAUGAUUGGCAACUUUUUCUACAAGAAUCUUGUUAUUGUCGCAGUGCUCUUUUGGUUCCAAAUCUAUUGCGCCUGGAGUACUACUUAUGUUAUCGACUAUACUUAUUUAUUAUUCUGGAACGUAUUCUGGUCUCUGGCUCCCGUUAUUGCAAUUGGUAUUUUCGAUCGGAACAUCGACGACGAUGUUCUCAUGGCUAUUCCGGAACUGUAUCGAUAUGGUCGAGAAGGCGCACACUUUGGCCUUGGAAUGUUCUCGUGGUACAUGCUGGACGCAGUUGCGGCUAUCGUGUUCUUCCUCAUCACCUAUUCAUAUGCACUCACGACUUCGCGAAGUGAUGGAUACGGCAUUGCGAUGUACGAAUACUCGGCGACCAUGGUGCUGGCUACGGUGAUGAUUGUUAAUCUGUUCAAUGGAUUGAAUACGCACGCCUGGACCGGGUGGGUCUUCUUUGCCGUCUCAUUCGGAAUCGUCCUCGUAUGGGGUUUCACGGCAAUUUACUCGACCAUUCGACCUGGUUGGUUCGUGACGAGCUCAUACGGCAACUACUACCUACUGUUCCACUCUGUCGACUUUUGGUUUGGGUUACUCCUCACGAUUCCACUGGCCUUGCUUCCAAGAUACAUCGACCACGCCGUGCGCUUCAUCUUCUUCCCGAGCGACUUUGACAUUCUCCGAUGGAUCAAGAAGACGGAGCCGAAAAAGGACUUUGCCGCCGAUCCAGCAUUGGGUGGUAAACUCAAGGCACGACAUGAUGGCACGCAGUCGCAAUUACCUCAAGAGGCCGAGGAGGAUGACCAGAAUUUGGACACGCGAUCGAUGGCGUCGAGCCUACAUCCGCCGAGACGGUCGUUCCAGUCGUCGAGACCGAAUCUACGACAAGACUGGAGAAGCGGGAGUCGAACGGACAUGUCUACUGGACAGCUUGUCGCGAACCGUGGGUUCAACUUUUCGGCAGAGGAAGGAGGGAUUGCUAUCCGGCGGACACAAACGAACCUGUCGGAGCGAUACAUCCAACGAUUGGGGAAGAGGACGAACACAACCCCAAGCAACCACCCAUACAUGUCGUCGGCACCAGCAUUACCCAGACCGGCGGAUGGGAACAGUGGCAAACGGCUGUCGUUCUUGCGUCGGUCGAUGAGGAAGCCGAAAGAGGACGAGUAG